CCUCCAAGCGAGACGCAACCGCAGGGGAUUUUGCGACAGCGGCUUUUGCGACGGCGGUGCUGUAAAGCGCGGGGUGUUGACAGCGGCCGACGGAGCAGGAACUCGGCCCGACGGGACACGGAGCCAUGAGCCGAGCGCGGAGGGUCCCGGGCCGGGGGGCCGCCAUGGCCAGGCAGAUGGGGCUGCUGGCAGACCCCGGCGCGGGGGGAAGCCCGGGGGAUCCCGGCGGUGACGGGGACGCGGCGCUGGAGGCUGAGCUGCUGCUGCUGCUGCGGGGCCGGGAGGCGCCGGAGGGGGGCGAACCGCCCCCGCCCCCCCAGCAAGAUCUGGCAGCAGUCGAGGCCCUGGCCCAGCUCUGCCUCCGGGAUCCCCUGGAGGAGGAGGAAGAGGAGGAAGGGGAGGAAGAGCUGGAGAACGAGGAGGAGCUGCUGGCAGAGCUGCAGGAGGUGCUCGAGGAGGGGUCUGGGAGCGUGGCUGCAGCGGAGACCCCACAGGAGCCCACGGAUGCCGGGGCGCUCCUGGCUGAGCUGUCGGAGCGUGCAGAGCUCUACCGGGCGGCCCUCAGGAACGCCGCGGCAGAAAACGGGAACGGGGCCCGGCUCCGGCGCCUCCAGCGUGGCCUCAAGACCCUGGAGCAGAUGCUGGAAUCCAUCCGGAGCGGGAAGCAGAUCGACAAGGCUGAGAUUCCACCCCCGGUGGCUCUGGGGAAGGGUGGGGUGGCCCCCGUGCCGCCGCCCUCCGUGAGCCCUGAGCCCCAAGCGCAGCCCCCUGCCCCUCCACAGCCCCCCCCAGCCCCUGAUCCCUGCCCAGAUCCCUGCCCGGAUCCCGGCUCAGUGCCAGCGCUCCGGGUGCGGCUCCAGGAGCUGCAGAAGGAAGCGCUGGCGGCCAAACGCUGCGGGGACACGGCCACGGCCCUUGGGCACUACCGGGCAGCCAAGAGGCUGGAGGCGCAGCUGGAGGCGCUGGGGCAAGGCCAAGUUCCGCCAGCCCCUGAUCCACAGCCGGAGGAGCCGAAGGCUCCACUCCCGAGGGAUUCACCGACGAGGGAUCCACCGGGCACCAGCCCAGCCCCUCCCGCCACAGAGCCACCCCGGGCACCACGGGACGUGCGGGAGGCGCUGGAGCAGCGCAUGGAGCGGUACCGGGUGGCCGCAGCCCAGGCCAAGGACAGCGGGGACGGGAGGAAGGCGCGGAUGCACGAGAGGAUCGUCAAGCAAUACCAGGCUGCCAUCCGUGCUCACAGCGCUGGCAAAGCUGUGGAUCUCUCGGAGCUGCCGGUUCCCCCAGGCUUCCCCCCCAUUCAGGGCACAGAGAUUGCAUCGGAGCCAAGCAUUUCUGGGAUGCUGGAGGCGGCCUUGAGGCUGGCGGGGCCGGAGGAGGAGGAAAAGGAGGAGGAGGAAGAGGAAGGGGGGGGCACCAAGGGGGCCAAGCCCAGUGCUCCCUGUGGGCCCCCUCCCAAACAGCCACCGCCCCCACGGAAUUCCCAAACAGCUCCCAAACCUGCUGGAAAAGCCCAGCAGCAGCUGGAGUUCCUGGAGCUGCGGCGGAGGCAGCUGGCGCAGGCUGCGCUCCGGGCCAAGCGCCGCAAUGACCUGGAGGGGGCCAAGCUGCUGCUGCGCCGGGCCAAAGGCAUUGAGGGGCUCAUUGGGGCCGCCCGGGGCGGGCUCCCCGUGGACAUUGCCCAGGUCCCGGAGGUGCCUCUGGAUGGGGCUGAGUUCGAACUGGGGCCAGGCCGGGGGGUCCCAAUGCCCCCCGAGGCCGCCAAGACCUUCCUGCAGCUGGCGGGGGCCCUGCGGAGGCAGCACCAGAUGUGUCUCACCUAUUCCCGACAAUUCGCUCAGCUGGGGAACAUCUCAGAGACCACCAGGUGUGAGGCGCUGGCCGAGGAGUGCCGGCGGCAUAUGGAGACCCUGCGGAGGGAGCACAGCCGGGGGGGGCCCCCCCCGAAACCCCGCUAUGAGCAGAGAACCUUCAGUGUCGUCAAGAUGUUCCCGGAGCUGAGCAGCAGCGACCUGGAGCUGGGAAUAGAGAGAGGGAUCGGUCUCCCCGUGCCGCCAGGCGUGGCCCCCGGUGACCUGGACACCUUCGUGCGCUUUGAGUUCCCCCACCCCAGUGCGGAGGAGGCACAGCGGGACAAGACCAACGUCGUCAAAAACACGGAUUGUCCUGAAUUCCGGGCGCGGUUCCGGCUGCGGCUGCUCCGGGGGCACCGGGGGCUGCGCAGGCUCCUGAGCUCCCGCGGGAUUAAGUUCGAGGUGACCCAGAAAGGGGGGCUGUUCCGGCCGGAGCGGGCUCUGGGUUCCGCACAGCUGCGGCUCGAGGGGCUGGAAGGGGCCUGUGAACUCCGGGAGCAGCUGCAGCUGCUGGACGGGCGGCGCCGGACGGGCGGGCAGCUGGAGGUGUGGGUGCGGAUCCGGGAGCCGCUGGGAGCGCAGCGGCAGCUGGAGCCGCGCUCCGAGCGCUGGCUGGUGCUGGAGCCGGGAGCCGAGGCCACGGUCGCCGUUCCCAAACCGUCUGUGGCGGCCCCGAAAAAGGACCCGAGCAACAGGUCCGUCCCGACAUUCCCAAGCCUCAGCCUGCUGCUGUUUGACCGGGAGCGGCUGGAGCGGAAGAUGGUGCCGUUUGGCCGCGCGGGGUGCCCGGUGCCCCCCGAGCUGCGGCAGCAGCACCAGGAUCUGCUCCGGCGCAUCCAGGGACUGCGGACACGUCUGCAGGGGGGGGACCCCCGCUUCCGCACGGAGUACACGGAGCACCUGGAGCGGCACCUGCGGCUCUACACGGAAGCUGCGCGGCGCCUCGGCACCCAGGGAGAGCGGGAGGCAGCCAAAGAGGCUCUGUACAAGCGGAACCUGGUGGAGAGCGAGCUCCAAAAGCUCCGUGGAUGAGUCCCCCCUGCCUUGCCUCCCCUUCUGGGGCUGGGACCACGCAGGGUUUUGGGGAGCUCAGAGGACCUCUCCCCCUGCUUUGGGGGGGGCUCUGGGAACA